CGCAGCUCUCAGCCGUUAGACACAGAUCUUCGCCGAUCUCUGCUCUUGACACUUCUCUGGCAUAAAGACGACGCUGAAAAUGUCUCCAAACAUGACUUGUGAAGCUCUCCACUCUUUUUCUCCAAGACUAACUGUGGCCAAAAGAAAACAGGCUCUUGAACUCAGAAAGACUAUGAAACCUCUGAUGGAAAAACGAAGGCGCGCUCGUAUCAACGACAGCUUGAACCAUUUGAAAAACCUCAUCCUUCCACUCACAGGCAGAGAUAAAACUCGCUACUCCAAGCUUGAGAAAGCCGAUAUCCUAGAAAUGACUGUGAGGUUCCUCAGCGACAUCCCCCCUGUCAACACCAAAGAUUUCGCAGACAGUUACAGAGAGGGCUACAAAGCCUGCCUCCAGCGCGUCUCCGCUCUGCUUCCCAAAACGAGUCUGGAUCAAGACGCGUGCCAGCGGGUGAACGACUUCGUUCAGCAGUCCAUGUCCGCCACCGUCACCCCGACCUGUCUGAACUGUUGCGCUCAGAGCUCCAGAACCUUCCCUCAGAUCCAACAGAGACUCUUGAGCCUCAAAUCCAGCUUCAGCUCCAGACUGGAGAGCCAGUCCCGCAGCAGCAGCAGCAGCAGCGGCAGCGCAUCGGCUCCGAGCCGAGCACAGCCAGGCCCGCAGCCCGUCAGCGCUGCCAUGUGGAGACCGUGGUAGAUUUCUCAAGUUAAAGUGGCCGGGUCUCCCAAAAGCCUGUAAAAAGACUGUAAGAUAUUUGAUACGUAGGCAACGUGUUGAGAUAGCAUCACUUGUAAAUAUACAGUGAUUUAUUGCCUAAUUUCAGCUGAUGAAAAGCCAGAAUUCAUCGUUAAAUCGUACUGGUUGAGUAUUAUAUACUUACGUUUUGCGCACGAGUCUGUUGUCCUGUAUAAGUUGACAAGUUUAGACAGUCGUAUUUUUUAAAUCUGCAUGUAUGUAUACGUUAAAUAUUUAGUCUUCUUUGUGGGCUAAAUUAUUAAGGGCUAUUGAAACAGCCCUGUAAGACCCAAAGGGUCAGCGUAUGUAUGGAUUUGCACCAUAGACGUCAGUGUCCUGAGUCUGUGCAGAUGAAGUUUGUAGACAUAUUCUGUCUCUGUAAGUAUCUCCGUUGGGAUGUGUUUCAUUUUUGCUAUAAUAGCAAAUGUUGUAUAUAUGCUAUAUAAACACAAAUAAAACUACGAUGUCGUGGUUAGAUCGUGUGUUGUCUUCUUGUUCACACUUUAUUGUAAAAACAUUGGUCUUUACCCGUGCGUAAUUGCGCAUCGGCAUAAAGGCAUAAAAGGCGUUAUGAGGGCCAUACUAC